UUAUAGAGCCAGAUGGUCUAUUAAAAAGAGGCAACAUUAAUUUUCAAUGUGCAAGAAAAAUAUUUAUAUAACGAUUUUGUGUGGGUUGUAUCUGGCUAAAGCAUAACUUUUAAGCGAUAAAUUCGUUGAUAAACGGACAAUUAACAAUAAUAUUUUUAUUAGUAUGUUAAUUAAAGUGUGGUUUAUGAUUUCGCAUCGGGCGGCUGCCUCUUUAAUACACGCGCAUCAAUAAAACGAAUAAAUUUUAAAAAAAAUGAUUCUCGCAUCUCUCCUAAUUCUCAUCAUUACCAACGGAAGUUUAUCAUCAAAAUGCCAGAUAAAGCACCACGAGUCCAAGUGGAACAUCAGCUGUUCCAACACCAGUUUCGAAGACUCUUUGUACUACAUUUACGACGCAGUUUACAGGCCUGAGAUUUCCCUAAGACAAAUUGACCAACUACAAAUAACCCAGUAUAAAAUAUCCACCCUCGAAGUACCACCAAUUACCGAUAAAGUUACGGUCGUUAAAUUAUCAAUAAAUUUUUGUGAAGUGGAAAAUUUCACCAGCGAGUCCUUUAACGAUAUUAACGUGAAAAUACUCAAUUUGGCUUUUAAUAAAAUCAAAAAUGUUACCGAACUGCUUAUAGGUGGCUUAGAGGAACUUGAUCUUUCACAUAACAGCAUUGAGACAAUCGACUUCGCAAUGUUCAAAAUGAACUUGAAAGUAUUAAACUUGUCGUUUAAUAAAUUGACUGAAUUGGUGUUUAUGAUAGAGCCUGGAUAUUUUCCAGUAAGUGAAAAUUUGGAUCUGAGCCAUAAUCGGUUAUCAAAAAUAGAUUUUUAUUUGCCUUUUGCUUCGAUUUCUACAAUUAACUUGCAAUAUAACCAAUUAAAAGAAGUCAAAUAUGCUCUUGAUAAUAGCAUUAGCAUAACAAAAUCCUUUGAACUAUCUAAUUCAAUAAUUAAUGAUUCCCUAUUAGGGAACUUAAUAUCGCAAGUAUCCACUGGAGGAGUUUUUAACGUUUCAAAUUGCUCUCUGCAAGCUAUUCCGAAUAUUCACAUUUUUGAGAAUGAUUUAAUUCUGGAUUUUUCUCAUAAUAAAAUACGACACCUUAAUAACAACACGUUAAGGUUUAACACUAUUAAAGAAUUAAAUUUGGCUUAUAACGAGAUACUCAAACUAAAUCGAACUUUUUUUGGAGAAUUCUAUGAAAUGAUGACCCUAAAUCUGUCUCACAAUAACAAGUUGCAAUUAGAGGAUUAUAACUUUAAUUUCUCUGGUAUGCUACGCAUAUUAGACUUAAGCCAUUGCGACUUAAAGCAUUUGCCUGAUUAUGUUUUUAACGGGAUCAUUGGACUACGGACUUUGAAUUUAGAGAAUAAUCUUUUGGCCAAUUUAAGUACCAACACUUUUAAAUUCCUCCCUGAAAUAGAAACAAUUAAACUUAUUUAUAAUAAGUUAACGAUUUUACCAGAAGGUGUGUUUCAAUCUUUACCGGCAAGGUUUAUUGACGUAUCUCAUAAUGAGUUGACUAAAAUAGAACCUAAAGCAUUUAAUACCCUACUAAAUCCCCUUGAGAUUUAUAUUGAAAAUAAUAGGAGAGGAUUAGAGAUUGUUAAUGAGGCUUUUUUUAAUUUGAGCGAUAUUGGGAGAGUGUCUUUAAGAAAUUCUAAUUUAUUAAGGUUUACCCUGAAGUCGUUCAAUAAAGUGGGGAAAUUCAGGCAUCUUGAUAUCAAAAAUAAUGAUUUUUCCCAAAUAAAGUUCAAUAAAAAAAUCCAUUUAAAGCAGCUGGAUAUCAGUAUUAACAAUGGAAGUAUUCCUUCAAAAGCUUUUGUAGGCUUAGGAACUUUGCUCACUUUAACCAUAUGGAAUUCUCACAUAAGCAGCAUGAAUAAAAAAGCAUUUCAAGGACUGUAUGAUCUAACAAAUUUAACUUUAAUAAAUACCCAUAUUGACAAUCUAGAAUAUGGUGCAUUAGACGGUUUAUUUCUAUUAAAAUCGUUUGAUGCUAAAGUGAUGUUUUCUGGAAAAGCAGCAUUAAAAGCCGACACUUUUAAAGACUUAUAUACAAUGCAAACAUUGGACUUAUCAGACUUGAACCUUACAACAAUUGAACCAAACACAUUUACAGGUUUAUCCCGAUUAUUGUCACUCAAUAUGUCAAAUUGUAACAUUUCCGUUGUAAAUCCAGCAGCUUUUGAUGGACUUAUUGAGACUUUAUCGUUAGAUUUAAGUUUCAAUGCCAUAAAGUCCCUAAAAGUGAAACAGCUUAUUGGUUUAAAUAACUUAAAGACACUGAACUUAAGUCAUAAUGAAAUAACGGAUAUUGAAAUAGGCGCUUUGCAAUACUUCCCUACACUGGAAAAACUAAAUUUGAGCUACAAUAACCUCACGGAAUUCAAAGUGGGAACGUUUUCAAAUUUGAAAUCUCUUCAACGUUUAGAUCUGCAAAGGAACAGCAUCUCGAACUUGUUAUUCGAGACUUUUUUCCCGCUCGAGUCUCUCGUUACGUUAAAUUUGGAAUUUAAUAAUUUAAAAACGAUCGGGCAUUUGCCGUUGGUGUCCAAUUUAAAACUGUUGCAGCGGAUCAAGAUCGCCAAAAAUAAAUGGAAGUGUGAAUUUUUGGGUGACAUGCUGAUCACGUUGAAGAAGUACCGCAUCGAUUAUUCUUCGGACAAUAUCAAUUAUAACGACGAUAACAUUAAUGGGAUUGAUUGUAUUGAUGUUUGCAAGUACUUGUUGUGUUUAAAGGAUUCGCACGGUAUCAAUUGAGUUAUGUACGCGGGAUUGUUUAGUGCAGUAGGUUAGAAAUUGUUAAAAGCGUAUUAUAUUUGUAUAUUAAGAA